AUGCAAGAGGAAGAAAGAUACAUGACAUUGAAUCUUAAGUUGAAAAAAAGAAGUUCAAUUCAAACAUCUCAACUUAAAUUUAAAGAUUGUUCUGUGAUGUUGCACUGGUAUAAAAUCUUUUUGGGAGUAUCUGGAAUAGUAAAUGCUAUUUUGGUUUUGACUUUGCUCUCCCUGACUCUGUUGGUUUCUCAGGGAGUGUUGCUAAAAUGCCAAAAAGGUAAUAAUUCAAAUAUCACCCAGCAUGAUGAUAUUGGAAAUCUGAAAAUGAACAGUGACACAAAAGGAAAUCUAACUAAUAAAGAUGCAGACCACUGUAUUUCAAGAGCUACCGAUCUUACAGGAUUGUGCCCAUCAGAAUGGCUCAAAUAUCAAGAAAAGUGUUAUUGGUUCUCUAAUGAGUUAAAAAGUUGGAGUGACAGUUAUGGGUAUUGUUUAGGGAGAAAAUCUCAUCUACUAAUUGUUCAGGACCAACUGGAAAUGGCUUUUAUACAGAAGAAUCUAAAACAAUCAAACUAUGUGUGGAUUGGGCUUAACUUUACCUCCCAGAAGAAGACAUGGACCUGGGUGGAUAGUUCUCCAUUAGAUUCAAAGAUAUUCUUCAUAAAAGGACCAGCUACAGAAAACAGCUGUGCUGCCAUCAAGGAAAACAAAAUUUACUCUGAAACCUGCGGCAGUGUUUUCAAAUGGGUUUGUCAAUAUUAG